ACGUGUUCGUUGACGUCAUCAAUCCGCGACAACUACAACCAAAACAGAAAACUCUUCACAGCAGUUGGAGCUCUUUACAAACGUUACAGUUACAACAAACUGAAAACGAUGCUGCAGCCAGAAUUGGUGCGACUUCUCACAGAGGGACAUGCGUUAGUAAAAAGCUGCGAUGAAGACUGUCUGACAGGAAACACACUGGAGCCGAGGCAGAGUGAAGAUGAGGAGGGAAACCCGUUCAACUUCACCCCGCAGCUCAUCCACCUGCACAAGGACCACGAGCUUUUUGAGGAUGGGGACAUUCACAGACACAUGUAUCUGCAAGACCUCUACAUCUCAGAGGCUGUCGACAAGCCAACUCUCAGUGUGUCAGAGUUUGCUUGUCACAUUUCCGGCUGCAGUGCAGUCUUCAGCACUUUGGAAGAGUAUGAGCACCACUACAACUCCCUUCACAGACACAUGUGUUGCUCCUGCCGUCGCUCCCUGCCAAGUGCCCGGCUCCUAGACAUUCACAUUCAGGAGUGGCACGACUCUCUCUUCACUAUCCUCGCCCAGAGGCAAGAUAUGUUCCAGUGUUUGGUGGAGGGCUGUGGACAGAAGUUCAGCACAAGUACACUCAGGAAGGACCACCUAAUUAAAAUUCACAAGUAUCCUCCAGACUUCAGAUUUGACAAAAUCAAGAAGAACCAAAGAACCCAACAGAUGAAGAAACAGCAGCAGAGAGACACAACCAUGGAGGUAGUGGAUGAUGUGUGUGAGUCUGAGGGAGCGUGUGAGGUUAUGUGUGAUGUGCUGUCCCACCAACCAGAGCAGGGAGAAUCCAUGGAGACACAUGUGUCCGAGGAAGAAGCCACUUGCAUGGCAAAGUCUGCCUCUACUGAGGGGCAUGCAGAUCUUUCCGCAGCAGCUCACAGCACAGAGAAUCCAAGCAGCGAGGCACUGAAACCAAGAUACUCCUACAGGGUCCCCACAACUGUGUGCUUCGGUCACGGCUCCGUCCGAGGCUUCAGAGGGCGGCGGGGAAGGAGGAAAUGAAUCACCAGAAUUCUGUUUUCUGUCCUGCUUAACAUAAUUAACUUUAUACCCUCGUCUUGUAACAGAAUAUAUUUACUGUCAUGUGUCAUUGACCUAAAAUAAAAUGUUUUUAAAAUAAA